ACCCACAUAACAGGCAGUCCAGAUCUUGGUCGCCUUGUCUUAGGAAGACCCCACCAACCCACAUUCCCAAACCCAACUCUCCCAUCAGCCUCAUCCAUCCGCCGUCUACCAUUAAUCAUCGAAAGAUCGAAAUUGAUCAUAGCAUCUUUCCAACCGACGAAUAAAUACAAGCAAUCUUACUGCAUCGCCGAAAUACAAAUAUCUACCAAUCGAAUUGUCCUCGAGAAAGAGAUAGUGACGUCGAAAUUACUCCGCUCAUCGCCCCUAUCUUUUCCGUCUUCUUGCCCGAAUCUGCCUCCGUGAAGGAGCGUCUAACAAGAUGGGCAAUACAACGAGCGCCGUGCUCGAUAACAUCGUGCAAGGGUCGAACUUCGACCGGGAUGAGGUCGACAGACUUAGGAAGCGGUUCAUGAAGCUUGAUAAAGAUAACUCAGGCACGAUCGAACGAGAUGAGUUCCUGAGCUUACCACAAAUAUCGUCAAACCCCCUAGCCACGAGAAUGAUAGCGAUCUUCGACGAGGACGGCGGUGGCGAUGUGGAUUUCCAGGAGUUCGUGUCGGGACUGAGCGCGUUCAGCAGCAAGGGCAACAAGGAGCAGAAGCUGCGGUUCGCGUUCAAGGUCUACGACAUCGACCGAGACGGGUACAUCUCGAACGGAGAGCUGUUCAUCGUGCUGAAGAUGAUGGUGGGUAGCAACCUGAAGGACCAGCAGCUGCAGCAGAUCGUCGACAAGACGAUCAUGGAGGCCGACCUGGACAAGGACGGUAAGAUCAGCUUCGAGGAGUUUACCAAGAUGGUCGAGACGACCGACGUUAGCAUGAGCAUGACUUUAGAUCAGUUUUAGAUACCUAUCUAUACCACAAUGCAGCCGUAGUAAUGAAUCAUGAGGUUUGGGACACUAUCUAUAUUGGACAGUACGUCUGCUUUGCUCAGCAGAUACAAUUUGUUGCCACGUGAAGAUCAAAUGAUUCGGACUUGAUUCGCAUAUGGAGUUUGGGGGUUCUGGCAUGAGUAAAUGUAAGUUGAAACAGCAGUCAAAGCUUCGCUACGCUUUUAAAUUCAAGCAUAGCUCGUAUAAAUCCUUACUUUUGAUGUCUCAACUUGGUCGGCGUCGACGAUAUACAC